UGGCCUCGCGAGGUGAGGAGGAGGCAAGCCGGAGGGGCUCGGAAGGAGCGAGCCGAGGAAGGUGCUGCGGGGCCGCGAUCCCUGGGCGGGGCUCGGAAGGGGGCGGCUCUGCGAAGUGACCUUAGACAAGUCCCCUCGCCUCUCGGGCCUCAGUUUCCCCCUUUAGAGAAUCGAGAGGUGAGAGAGUUGAGCCUCCCGGAACACACUCCUUCCCCGCACACACUCCCAGCACCGAAGAACUCUUUGCCGUAACAGCCCCGUCGAGGAGCCCGUCCCCCGGGAAGCCCGCCCGGAACACCUGGACCCGCACAGCACGCCAGGCCGUUUCAGAUGUGCUGCGGCAACGAGCCGGGCUCCCCCAUAAGACGCUGAACACUGCGAUCAGUCAGUCACUUCUGGGUGAGGAGCAGCCGGAGCAGGUGCACAGGCCUUGCUGAGUAAGAAGAUCCUGCUCUCGGCAGACUGUGGACAUGCGCAAGGGGCCCACCCAUGAGUCCAGAUGACGCUCAUGCCGAUGGCUUCAGUGAUGGCGGUGACCGAACCGAAAUGGGUCUCAGUGGGAGGCCGCUUCCUGUGGGUGAUGCUGCUGAGCAUGGUGCUCGGGUCCCUGCUGGCCCUGCUGCUGCCCCUGGGCGCCGUGGAGGAGCAGUGUUUGGCUGUGCUCAAAGGCUUCUACCUGCUCAGGAGCAAACUGGACAGGGCACAGCACGCCGUCACCAAGUGCACCAGCCCGUCCACAGAGGUCAGUGUUAGCUCCAGGGAUGCUGCGCUGCUGGUGGUCAAGACCAAGGCCUCCCCAGCAGGUAAGUUGGAAGCCAAAGCAGCUCUGAACCAAGCCCUGGAGAUGAAGCGCCAGGGCAAGCGGGAGAAAGCCCAGAAGCUCUUCCUGCACGCCCUCAAGAUGGACCCGGACUUCGUGGAUGCGCUCAACGAGUUCGGCAUCUUCUCGGAAGAGGACAAGGACAUCAUCCAGGCGGACUACUUGUACACCAGAGCGCUGACCAUCUCGCCCUACCACGAGAAAGCACUGGUCAACCGCGAUCGGACGCUGCCGCUCGUGGAGGAGAUCGACCAGAGGUAUUUCAGCAUCAUCGACAGCAAAGUGAAGAAGGUCAUGUCCAUCCCCAAGGGGAACUCGGCGCUGCGCAGGGUCAUGGAGGAGACCUACUACCACCACAUCUACCACACGGUCGCCAUCGAGGGCAACACCCUCACCCUCUCGGAAAUCAGGCACAUCCUGGAGACCCGCUAUGCCGUGCCAGGGAAGAGCCUGGAGGAGCAGAACGAGGUCAUCGGCAUGCACGCGGCGAUGAAGUACGUCAACACCACCCUGGUGUCCCGCAUCGGCUCGGUCACCAUCAGCGACGUGCUGGAGAUCCACAGGCGGGUGCUGGGCUACGUGGACCCGGUGGAAGCCGGCAGGUUCCGGACGACACAGGUCCUGGUCGGGCACCACAUCCCUCCCCACCCUCAGGAUGUGGAAAAGCAGAUGCAGGAGUUCGUGCAGUGGCUCAAUUCCGAGGACGCCAUGAACCUGCACCCGGUCGAGUUCGCAGCCUUGGCCCAUUACAAACUCGUCUACAUCCACCCUUUCAUCGACGGCAACGGGAGGACGUCCCGCCUGCUGAUGAACCUCAUCUUGAUGCAGGCCGGCUACCCGCCCAUCACCAUCCUCAAGGAGCAGAGAUCCGAGUACUACCACGUGCUGGAAGUUGCCAAUGAAGGCGACGUGAGGCCUUUCAUUCGCUUCAUUGCCAAGUGUACUGAGACCACCCUGGACACCCUGCUUUUUGCCACGACCGAGUACUCGGUAGCGCUGCCAGAAGCCAAACCCAACCAUUCUGGGUUCAAGGAGACACUUCCUGUGAAGCCCUAACCCUAUAAAUCCUCCCUUGGUGACAAGGGCUGUCCUGGGCGGUGGGGUGAGCAGGGGAGAGUCAAAGAAACUUAGCAUUUCUAGAAACCUUUCCCAAAGCAAAAGGAAACCUUCAAUAUUCUUUACCUCCCAAUGUUUUUUGUUU